CAGUGAAAGCGCGGUUAGCGGAGAAGUCGCCUGACCCCUACUCUUCCCACCACGCACCCAUUCUUUUCCCCUUCCAGCAUUCAAAACCCCCAGCUGCUGCGGCAAGGGUUCCUGCUCUACAUUGCCUCAUCCUCGCCAAGAAAAAGCUGCUCCCUUUCGGGGUUUUGUCGUGACCUCAUCGUCUGAUGCGAAGAUGGCGAGCAGAGGAUCUGGAAACUGGGCUUUAGUAGAGCAUCAACACCACAGCCGGGCAAGCAGAGUGUACCGCUUUCAGAUCCUGUUGCCAAAUGGCACGAGCACUGGCCUCACUCUCAAGGAUCCUGGAGAGGAGAUGCCGCUUCAUGAUUUCUUAGAUCAUAUUAGGACAGAGUUGGAGGAUGUCCCCAUGGAUGGUGAUGACAGGCGGGGAAUUGACUGGAGUGGCGAUGUUUAUCUAGAGGACCUACUGGACAGAAAGAUACACAAGGAAUUGCAGUUCAGUGAUUUUCUCACCAACAGUACGAAUAUAUUAAGACUCCAGGAUGGUGAAGGCUUUGUCAGAACAUUUGAGAAUAUGUGGGACCUUACACCUCCGACUGAACUGCUCCAAGAGCUUCCAGCAGAGUAUAGCACUGAGAGUGCUCUCGCAGACCUUAUUGACAACUCAUUACAGGCUUUAUGGUCAAAUGGUAAGAAAGAUAGAAAGCUGAUCAGGAUAACUAUUGACCAAGAGAAGAUGGUGAUUUUUGAUACUGGUAGGGGGAUGGACGGUUCAGAUGAAAAUUCUAUCUCUAAAUGGGGUACAAUUGGUUCUUCCAACCACAGAGUAUUUCGGGCAAAAGGUAUUGGCGGGAAAGCACCAUAUUUAGUGCCUUUCUUUGGCAUGUUUGGCUAUGGUGGAACUAUUGCGUCGAUGCAUCUUGGAAGACGUGCCAUAGUUUCAUCGAAAACGAAGGAAUCAAGGAAAGUGUUUACCUUGCAUCUUUCGAGGGAGGCUCUGUUGGCGAAGUCCUCGUCUAAACUCAGCUGGAAGACUGCUGGAGGAGUUAGGGAUCCAUCUGAAGAAGAGUUGACACUGUCGCCACAUCAAAGUUUUACCCAGGUGGAAAUUCAGGGCUUGAAUAGGUGCUUGGAGGCAGCCAAACUUCAAAGAUUUCUGAAGGACAUUUAUUUUCCAUACAUACAGUACGACGAGGAUAAUGGAUCUAUGAAUACAAGGAGGCCGGUUCAGUUUGAGGUGAAUGGUGUAGAUCUAGCAGAAAUACUGGAAAAUGAAGUGACAGUUACUAAUUUGCACUCUUGUGCUGGUCCUAGUUUUAUUCUUGAUGUAACAUUUUCCUGUACUUCAACAACUGCAGCAGCUAAUAGUGAAGCCCAUGCACGAAUCAAGUGUGUUUACUUUCCAAUUGUCAAGGGAAAAGAAUCUAUCGACUCUAUUUUGGAAAUGUUAAGAGAAAAUGCCUCAGGGGUAAAAGAGAACUUUGACAAAUUUUCACGUGUGUCAAUCCGCCGACUUGGGCGGUUACUCCCUGAUGCUAGAUGGGGCCCUCUUCCUUUUAUGGAACCUAAACAAAGCAAAGGAAAAAAAGCUGAACUCCUGAAGCGAUGCUGCAAGAGGGUGAAAUGUUUUGUUGAAACGGAUGCAGCUUUUCAUCCAACGCUCUCCAAGACUGAUUUAGCACAACACGACCUUUUUACCAAGGCACUUCGCCGCUUGGACGGCAGUUCUCGUAGUGACAGUUCAGUUGAGGAUGUUAAUGUUGAUGUCCGUAGAGGCGGAAGAUCACUAAAUGUUACCCAGUUGGAGAAGCAGUAUCACGACUGGAUUAAUAAUAUGCAUGCACAGUAUGAUGUGGAAAUCGACGAAGGUGACAACGAUCAUACCGUUAUUAUCAACCCAAGCAACAAGGACCGACUUGGAAUAUCUGAAGAUGUCCAAGUCAUUAGAGUUUACACCUCGGUCAGGAGGAAAGGGAAAACAUGGAAAAGAGGAGAUCAUCUGAAAAUCCAACCAGGAGUUCUUGCACGAUUGAAAAAUAAUUUCCUCUCAUUGAAAACCAUAUUCUAUGCAACAUUGGAGUAUGUUGUUGGUGAAGGACUUGCAGGAGAUAUUUGUGGUGAAGCUCGACUUAUAUGCAGGUCUAUUGAGUUCUCUGAUAAGCAAGGUUGCUUACUUGAAGAAGGUCCUGAUAGCAUGUGCCUUAACAUCCAAGAAUCUGUCUCCUUCCCUAUCAGCAUGAUAGAUAAUGAUAAGUGUCACACCAUGGAAAAUGAUUCUUGGCGGCAAAUACUUGGAAAGAAAAAGGAGAAGGCUCCAGCAUGUAUUGAAGUCCUAAGGAAUUUGCAAGGCAGUGAUCUCACUAUAGAAAGGGGUCUACCGUUUGAAAAAGUUAUAAUGGCUGGUUAUAAACAUCCACGUGAAAUUAUAGCUGUAAUCCUACCACAGUGUGCAACUACUUGCUCCACCAGCCCCCUUGACAAGAGAUAUAUUCUGAAGGAUGAUGAGAUAGAGAUGGAAAUGGACAUUAAUCAUUUGCCUGGAAGUAAAAAAGACCAUCUCCGUGCAAAUUGUAUUUAUAGGAAGCUCAAGAAACCCUCAUCGCGUGAUAGCAUAAACGGGCUGUAUAUCUUUCAGUUGAGCGAAGAUUCAAGCAUCUUUACUAAAUCUGGUGUUUACCAAUUUAUAUUCUCGGUUAGGUGCAAAGAUUCAAGUAUCAUUACGCAUGAAACAGAGAUAACAGUUCGUCCAAACUCCAAUACUAGACGUUGGCAACUAUCCAGCAUUGCUGAUUGUUCUGCUGGCAAUGCUGUAGUAAAUAUAAGGCUUGGGGUGCCAGUUAGAUGUCUUGGAGUUAGAAGCCAUGAUUCGUAUGGAAAUGCAAUUCCUUUCCAAGAUAUACGUAAGGCUGUCAUAACUAUAGUUGAUGGUAAUUAUAUUCUGGCCCAAGUUGAGGAUAUCGAAGUGGAACUCUCAUCAGAUUCAAUGACUCUGAAUAUUAGGGACUUCCUGUUCAAAAGCAGCAAAUUGGACAUAAUAAGGCCAAAGUAUGAAGCGAUGUUAAAGAUAUCUUUAUCUGAUAAUGAAUUCUCUCAUCUAUGUCCAUGUAAAGUUAUGCCAGGUCUUCCGUCAACCAUUAACAUGGAUAUGUGCCUUGCCUGGGAGAAGAAUUUAACUCCUGGGGAAGUUAUUGAUGAUGCCCUUCUAGAGGUGUUCGACCAUUGUGGUAAUCAUGUUGAAGAAGGGACGGAACUUAUUGUCGAAAUUGUUGGAUUCUCAUUUGUAGAUAAACAUGGACAUGUUCGAAAGGUAAAUAGUGAAGGGUUUGUUGACCUAAGUGGACUACUUAAAGUUAUUAAUGGAUUUGGUUCACAAGCUUGUUUGAAGAUUUUUCAUCAUGAGAAAGAGAUUUUUGCUACAACAUUUCAGAUUUCUAUCAGGAAUUUGGAAGCUGUUGAGGUUCCACGAAGUUGUCAAGCUGGCACCUUAUUGGAGAACAUUAUAUUUGAAGUUUUCGACAGCGAUGGACUGAUUGAUGAGUCAAUGCAUGGACCCCACCAUACACUGAGCAUCAGGUCGAAUGAAAAACUUGUGGAAGGAGCACAAUAUACAUUUGAACGUGGAAGAUGUAUUGUUUCUCGUGUGCCGGUUCCUCGUGAACCAGGAACAGUCACUUUUGUGGCAUACCAUACACAUUUUCCUGACCUAGAAACAACAAUUCAGAUUCCUGUUUAUACUCUUGAUUUGGUGCCCGUCAAAGGGGAGAACGAAUCUGAACCUAUAUGCAGCUACCCAACUUCAUCUGUAUCAAGUCAAAAUACUAAAUCUCCAAGUCAACUGGUUCUUAGUCAAUCUAACAGUCUUGCUUCAAACAUUCUGGGGAAAUUUUCUGAUGAGAUUCGAGCAAUUGAUUCUGAUAUAUGCUCUCAAGAAGUUCUGAUUAAAGCUUUUGAUUCUCGUAAGAAAACACUGGAGAAUGAUAUUGUCAAUCUGCAAGAUGAGAUUAGCCACACAGCUGGAUCAGCCACUGGUGCAAUAGAGUUGACUCGUCAUAAAAUUGAAGAGAAUGUUGGUACUGCUGCUGCUGUUCUAUGCACUCUCUCCAGCAGACAAUGUUUGACGGAUGAUGUUGUCGGUAUUGUUGCUCUUCUCGGAACUGUUGCAGACAGAAAAAUGAGCAGGAUGCUUUCUCUGUAUCUUGGUGAAGACAACAUGCUAGCAGUGGUUUGCAAGACACAGGCUGCUGCUAAUUACUUUGAGAAGUAUGCCGCUGAUGGAAGUGUGGAUGUCCACUUUGGUAUUCAUCAGGAGGCAGCUAACCUAGGAGCUCCUAUAAGAAAGAGAUUUCCUAUCAUUUGCCUCGAUUUAAUAAGGCCAUACACUGGAGGCUUCCAUUUGAACACAAAGCAAAAGCCGCUAGCUCUGCCGUUUCCACAUUCCAAGGGAUUUCGUGGGUUUGCGGUGAACAUGAUCAAUCUUUCCCCAGAGAGUUUGACGAUAGUCACAAAGCAUGGACAUGGUCUCCGUGAAACCUUAUUUUAUAGGCUCUUUGGAGAGCUUCAAGUCUACGAAACACGUGAUGAUAUGUGGCAAGCCAUUCGUCAUCUGAAGAAUGGGGCUAUAUCUUUGGAUGGUGGGAUUAUAAAGGGUGAUGGCAUGCUGAUCCUUGGAUACAGUGACCCAGAGGUGACUUUUCCUGUUGUUCCACGUGCUGCUCUGGACGUUGAGGAAGACAACUCUGAAUAUGUGUGUAACAAAAUAAAAACGAUGCAUGCACAGAUUGGUGUUGUAAAAACUUUGGAGAACAGGAUAAGUGCAGCAGAAGAGCAACGGCAGAAAUUGGUGAUGGAGCGCAACGAGAAAAAACGCAAGUUUGAUCAGAUAUCGGAGGUACUGAGCCAGGCCAGUGGCAGUAGCGACCACCAGUUUUAUGAGUAACACCCAGGGCAGACAUUACUAGACAAUUAAGAAUGGGGUGUAUGUAGAUGAUAAAUUAGAUCAUACUUCUAACUGUUAGCUGUCUAGCUGCUAUGGAUCCAGUUAAUCGAGUUUGACAUGAUUAAUGCGUAUGUUUUACUGUCUA